CCUUUUGGCUUUAUAGAUUCGCCAACUGGCUUGAGGGUUCACUCCACUAUCCUCCACUACUAUUUAUAGGCAAAGCACCCCAGCCAUUUCUUGCACACAUACCAUCCUUCUUGCUUACCCUAUCCAAUUAUCUUAAGCUACAUAUAUACGUACUUUUCCUUCUCCUUUUAACAUCUGAAUGUAUUUACAGAGCCUUUGAAACAUUCACUAUAAUCAUUACUUAGAAUUAGGUCUAAUAUUCAAGGUAACGAUUAAUUAAUGGCUUCAAGCUCCCUUAGAAAACACAACCCCAGCUCUUCAUGGACACCAAAGCAGAACAAGCUGUUUGAAAAAGCACUGGCCUUGUACGACAAAGAGACCCCGGAGCGGUGGCAAAAUGUGGCUAAAGCUGUAGGUGGCAAUAAAACAGCGGAAGAAGUGAAGAAACACUAGGACAUUCUUCUAGAAGAUCUCAGGCAAAUUGAGUCCGGACAGGUUCCUAUUCCCAACUACAAGUCCUCCAUUGGAAGCAGCACCAGCAGCAUCAAUGUUGAUGAAGAAG